AUGACUAGUAUUCAAAGAUUCGGUAAUUCAGAUAUUCAUUUCAACAAAGAUUUCGAUGAAGUUGAUGCAGAUGGUGUUUUAGUUAUUAAUAAACACAACAGACAACAAGCUAGAUAUCCAGAUUUCUUACCAACUUGGGAUCCAAGUGUUAAAUUACCACCAUUAAAAUUUGAAAAAUAUAUUGAUCCUGCAAGUAGAGCUGAUCCAACUUUUCCAAAUUUAUUUCCAAAAGAUUUCAACUUUUCAACUAAAAGAAUCACUCCAAAUUUCGGUACUGAAGUUGAUGGUAUUCAAUUAUCUCAAUUAGAUGAUAAAGGUAAAGAUGAAUUGGCUUUAUUUUUAGCACAAAGAAAAGUUUUGUUAUUUAAUGAUCAAGACUUUGCUGAUAAAGGUCCUGGAUUUGCUGUUGAAUUUGGAAAAUAUUUUGGAAGAUUACAUAUUCAUCCAAGUUCUGGUGCUCCAAGAGGAUAUCCUGAAUUACAUAUUACUUAUAGAAGACCAGAAAAGGGGGAAUUACAAAGAGUUUUUGCAAAUCGUACCACUAGUAUUGGAUUUCAUAGUGAUGUUUCUUAUGAGUUAACCCCACUGAGAUUCACUGUUUUCCUGGUCUUGGAAAGUGGUGAUGGUGGAGAUACUGUUUUCGUUGAUGCUGGUGAAGCUUAUAGAAGAUUAUCACCAGCUUUGCAACAAAGAUUAGAAGGUUUACAUGUUUUACACACUUCUGAAGAUCAAGCGGCCAAUUCAACUUAUCAAGGUGGUGUUGAAAGAAGAAAACCAGUUUCCAAUAUUCACCCAUUGGUUAGAUUAGAUCCUGUUACUGGUGAAAAGUCUUUAUAUGUUAACCGUGCCUUUGGAAGAAGAAUUGUUGAAUUGAAAAAAGAAGAAUCUGAUGCUUUGUUGGAUUUCUUACAUGGUCAUAUUGAAAGAAGUCUGGAUUUACAAUUAAGAGUUAAUUGGGAAGGUGGUAAAAGAAAUAAAGUUGCAUUGUUCCACAACAGUGGUGUUUCCCAUACUGCCACUUUUGAUACUGUUGAAGGUGAAGUUAGACAUGCUUUUAGAAUUUCCGUCUUGGGAGAACGUCCAAUUCUGGAUUUGAAGGAUUUGAACAAAGAAGAAUACACCCCUGGUGAUUUGGCUGAUGCAUUGAGUGCAAUCAAACCAAUCUAA